AUGCCGGACCACAACGAUAACCAUGAGGUGCGAGGAAACCUCCGGUCUGCCCGAGAGCUCAAGUACAAGAAGACCGUGAGGAGGCUACGUGACCGACUUGAGCGCAAGGACAGUGAGCUGGCCGACCUCAACACCAAGCUCGAGGAGAAGGAGGAGGUGAUCACCGAGCUAGAAGAUUACGUGGUCGUGCUCGAGGAUGCCAAAGACGAGGAGGACGUCGUCAUCGCCAACCUCGAGGAGAGAAACCGGGAUAAGAGCAUUGUCAUCGCCAAACUUAAGGAGAGCGUUCGCGACCAGGGUACCACCAUCGCCAACCUCAAGAACGACAACCGCGACAAGGAGACUGCCAUCGCCGACCUCAAGACCAGCAUCCGAAGCAAGGAAUGCGACAUCAUGAGCUUGGAUGCGAACCGUGCUGGGGUGACGCAGCUCUUUGAGAGGUUCGGCAGGGAGACUGCGGGUCUUAGCGAAGACGACAAGCUGCACGCCGCCGUCAGCCGUAUGGACCGCGCGGAGGUCAACAACAACGUCAACAAGGGCUACAUUAAGAGCCUUGAGGACAAACUUGAUGCUGCAGAGAAGCACAUCAAGACGCUGAAGCGCCAGGCCUAG